GGAGCGCCAGCUGGGGGAGCCCCGGGAUGCCUGGCGCGCGCUCCGCCCUCCGCUGUCCUGGCACUUUGCUCCCAUUCAACAGUCGGUCGUGACACCAGCCGGGCACAGCCCGGGGCCUGGCAGGGCCGCGUCCUUAGCGAGCGCGCUGGGCUCCUCCUCCUGCCGGCCCGGCCCGCGUCUCAGCUGUGGGGCCCCGGGGGCGCCUAGACUCGCCCACAGUCGGACGGCGGGAGGCGGUUCCUGCAGGGUCCAGUCCCGGGAGCACCCCCAGGAGGAGGGGAGGGUGGGAGCGCCUCUCUUUGAGUCCCCGGGUUUGGUCGCUGGGAUGUGAGGAAGCCGGAGAGGCCGCGGCUGGACGCAGGGGCUGAGGAUCCGGCGGCUCGGCUGCACCAUGCCCUUCCCGCCCAUGCCGCCGCCGCCCGCCCCCGCCCCGGGGGCCCAAGCCGCGCGCCAGUUACCCCGGAGGCCCUGCGCCGCGGGGGACAAGAAGAAGAGGCCCCCACAGCGGCCCGAGGGGCUCCUCUCCAGCUCCUGGCCCUCCGCCACGCUCAAGAGGCCGCCGGCCCGGCGCGGCCCCGGCCUGGACAGGACGCAGCCGCCGGCCCCUCCGGGCGUCUCCCCCCAGGCCUUGCCCAGCCGCGCGCGGGCCCCAGCCACGUGCGCCCCGCCCCGGCCGGCAGGCUCCGGCCACAGCCCAGCGAGGACCACCUACGCGGCGACCUCGGCCGGGACGGGGACCACCGCCGCGGGGACCUCCUCGGGGGCGGGGGCUUGUCCCGACGCCGCUGCGCGCUUCUCCCUGAAUCUCACCCCCGAGGCCAUCCUGGUCAUCCAGAAGCGUCAUCUGGAGAAGCAGCUGCUGGCGCGGCCCCGCAGGCCCUUCCCCUCACCCUCGGCCGAACCCGGGCGCCUACUCGCCCCCUGUCUCCCGGCUAGGGCCGCGGGCCCGCGGAGGGGCGGCCCCGCCAGCGACCCCUACGCACCCCCCACCCCCGGCCAGGGCCGCCGCGCGCCUCCGCCCGGCGCCCAGCUGCUGCACGGCGGCCUGCAGGUUCCCCAGCUCAGCCCGCGGCCCGGGGCCCUGCGGCCGAUGCUCAAGGUGUCGCUGCUCAACGAGCGGCACAGGUACGACGACGUGGAGUACGAGGAGGAGCCAGAGGCGGUGGACGAGGGCCUGGUCCGCAAGUGCACGGAGUGGCUGCGCGGCGUGGAGUCGGCGGCUGCCGCGCGGGGCCGGGCGGGGGCCCUGGACUCACGGCGGCACCUGAGCACGCUGUGAGCCCAGCGGGCCUGCGGGGACAGGCCAGGCCUGAUCCCGCCUCACUUCCUGCACGCGCCACUCCGCCUAGGGGCCCUCGGGGGAGACCGCAGGCUCCUCUGGCCGCCAGCGCCCACUUUCGGGACACCCGUGCGCAAGCUGGCCCACGUGGGGCGCAGCCAGACUCGCCCGACGGCCACGGCCCCCCUCCUGCCCUCGGCAGCCGGCAGCCCGGGCCUUUCUCGUUCACACCGGUGGUAUCUACCCCAGAUGCCUGCCUCUGCCCCACUCUGGCCUCCUCUUGGCAUCGCCGAGCAUCCAUGCAGUUCGUGGGGAAUUAAGCAACUGAGAAAAUGCCUCUUGGUGCCCCGAGCCCCAGGGUUCGUCUAGGUCCCAGAGACCCUCUGCCUGGAGGCGGGCCUUCCCCAGGGCUACAUCUGCACCCCCUGUGGUGUCACCCUCAGCCGGCGCCGGGCACCCUGGACAGUGCGGUGGGCGAUGGCCCAGGUGGGUGGCCGCGACGGUGGCCUCCUGCAGAGCUGGGACCCGGUGCUACAUUCGUGAUUUUGUUUUCUCCCAAGUCAGAAAAAUGUUGAGGGUAUUAGACAUCCCUGAAACUCAGUUAACCGAAUUUCCAGUCUCCAAAGCGGAAGGGUAGGCAUCGCCAGGCGCUGGUGAGCCCUGGUCAAUGAGCGCUUCCAUGGAAACCGCUCGGCUGAUUACAUUUUUUCUGUGUAUUAUUUGAAUAGAGAGUAAAGCUCCUCCUCUGUUUCGUAACCAUAUCCUUUCCCCCGCUAACUGGAGGCUGAUUUCUACAUAUUUCUUCCAUGUAUCUGAGAAUAUCUAACUAGAAGGAUGAGAAGGAAAUAAAAUGUUAUAAUCAGAUAAGGCUGGUUAUAGAAGAGUAAUGUAUUACCUCAAUUUUUGACUGACUUUGUAAAAGCCAAUAACUGGUUUAAUGUUUAUCUUGAUAGACUUUAAAUGUAUCAAGUCUUAAUUGUAUUUUAAAUUGAAGCCUUACAUUUUUAAAACAGAUUUUGUAUUUUUCUUGUGGAGGUCUUUGCUCUAAUAACACACACACACUGUCUCUCUCUCUCUCUCUCUCUCUCUCUCUCUCUCUAAUUCUAGGCACACAUUUAGUUAGAUGUGAAGCAUUUAAUUCAUUGGGAGCUAGGUCAGCUGCCAGAUGAGUUGCAAAAACAGAAAAAAACCUACCCAUUGAAUAACUUCUUUGAAUUUGGAGAUAAGUUUUCUUUUACUUAAAAUGAAUAUAUUAAUUCUAGAGGGGCAAAACUAGCAAUGCUUAUGCAAGUGACGGUGCUGCUCUUGUUCCACCCCCACCCAGAUGGUCUCUGAGUGCGCCGUCCUGGGCAGGGCACACGGUCUGGAGCUGAGAGGGUGGAGCAAGAGUGCACUGACUCCGAGCCGAGGACAGGAGUGGCUCAACUUGGUCUCGUCUUGCACUUAGUGCAAAUACCAAUAAUUAAGAUGCCUAGACUUCUGCCCUUGGUCACGGUAACAACAACAUUUUGAAGACUUUUCCCUGGUGGCAUCCUAGAGGGACCGACUUUCUGCAGCCUCUGUCUUCCAAGCUGAGCUUCUGCUGCAGUGUGGCUGUCACUGCACCUGUGUGUCUCCCUGACGUCCCUGUCAGCUGCUUCAUUUUGAUUUCCUUUCUUCUCCCGCCCUUUCUCUAGGCUCUGUCCCAGCAUCUCCUGUUCUUAACUGGCCACAAUACAACACUAAGCACAUUUUUAGUAAUUUGUAUUUAUUAAAUAGAGUUUGUGGGCCUUGUUCUCUACUUUAAAAGCAGAUGAGUGGAACAUUUAUGUUUCCCUGGUCAAUGAGCCUCAAUAAAAAACAAACAGAAAAAAGGUUUUACAUGUGACACAUGAUAUCUUUUCAUUGGUGUUAAGGACAUUUUGAGAAAGUUUUCUAAGUCGCUGUGCUCCAAUUAAUGCUUAAAUAAAAGAGAAAUUCAGUGA